AUGAACGACCCUGGCCUAGAGGAUGAUAUCGUUGACGCAUCCAAUCAAGUCUCCGAAAAUCGCGACAAGGCUUACACGGACGAGGAAGAGGAGGAGAGGAGUUUCUUGACGCCCGCCAGAUGGUGGUAUGCCUCGACCGCCUUCCCUCUCAUGGCCGGCACUUUUGGCCCCAUGGCCAGUGCCUUCAACAUCUGCGCACUCGUGGAGGACUGGCGGGUGGAAAUCCCCACGAAAGGCACCGAGGAGCAUGGCCUCGACAUCCAGGACCCAGAAUGGCUGAUCGCUGUUAAUGCCGUCUCGCUCGUCUGCGCUCUCAUUGCCAACUUGGCCCUGUUGCUCAAUAUGGCGCGUCGCGUGCCAUUUAAAAUAGCGCAGCCGGUCACCAUUAUCGGCUUCUGGCUCGCUUCCAUUCUUCUCAUUGCUCUCAUCGCUGUCGCCUCUCAUAGAUUUGACGCACCAGGCAUCCAGAACCAAGCAUUGACGCAAGCCUAUUACUACGCCAUCUUCGCGGCCGGCCUGUACCAGCUCAUUUCCUACCUCAUGUGUGUGACUGUGUAUGGAGCGUACAAGGACCACUACCGCAAAGAAUUCAGGCUAACCGUUGCCCAACGGACGUUGAUGCUGCAGACCAUCGCGUUUCUUGUCUACCUGCUUCUGGGCGCUCUGAUCUACUCCAAAAUUGAGGGCUGGAAGUUCUCAGAUGCCGUAUACUGGGCAGACUUCACCUCGCUUACCAUUGGCAUUGGUGCCGACUACGUGCCCAGAACGCGUGUCGGACGGGGGUUGCUAUUUCCUUUCGCCAUGGGUAGCAUCAUUAUCUUAGGUCUCGUGGUGAGCUCCAUCCGGUCACUCAUUCUGGAUAGAGGGAAGAAGAAGAUGUCUGCACGAUUGACCGAGAAGACUCGACUUCGAUUGAUCAAGGAGAUUGAUAACGUCGUCCACGAGAAAAGGAGGCUGAGAGCGCACAUGAUUAGCUUGGACAAAAGCACCGCCCAGACAUUGGCUGCGAAACCUGGUGACGAUAAGUUUGCUGAAAUGGACCGAAGGCAGGCGGAAUUCGAGGCGAUGCGAAAGGUCCAGGAAAGGGCAACGACCGAGCGGAAAUACAUGAGCCUAGUGGUGUCGACCUUUGCAUUUGCAUUCCUAUGGACGAUCGGGGCUUUGGUAUUCAUGAAAGCUGAACAGAACCAGAACUGGUCAUAUUUCGAAAGUGUCUACUUUUCAUAUACCACCCUUUUGACCAUCGGAUAUGGAGAUUUGGAGCCCAUGAGCAACAGUGGAAAGCCCUUUUUUGUGUUCUGGUCGCUGCUCGCGGUGCCCACGCUGACUAUCCUGGUCUCGGACAUGGGAGACACGGUGGUGAAGGCAGUGAAAGACGCCACGAUCUGGCUCGGUGAGAUUACCGUUCUUCCCAGCGAUGAAGAUAGCACGAGGAACCGAUUGAAGUACGGUAUUUACAAGGCAACCCUUGGGAAGGCCGGUUAUUCUCAUUCGUAUUUGAAAGACGUGGAGGAGGGUUCCGGGAUUGAUGACGGCGAACAAGAACUUCAGCCUGGUCUAGCGCGCCUAUUCGGCAGACAUGGCAGAAGUCGGCCAAAUAGGAACGUCCGUGAGACCGGAGAUCGAGUGGCUGCAGACUUUGAACGCUCGGAGAAGGCUGAUGAAUCCCACGCGAGAAAGCAUGGUGAACGAUCGGAGGAAGAUGAGCAUCAUUAUCGCCACGCUCUCCUUUCUGAGAUCCGCAAAGUGUACGCAGACACCACGGCCGCCACGCCUAAAAGGUACAGCUAUGCUGAGUGGGCACGAUUCCUCCAGUUACUUGGAGAAGACGAGCAUGAUUCUUCCUAUCACAGCCGUGCCAUUGAUGCAGAGCGCGGAUCUUCGACGGAAGAAGGGCCCAAUGAAAGCAAACAAGAGGCUACUUUUUCCAGAAAAGAUGAAGGAAAGGACGCCGAACAGAAGAAGAGUUGGAGUUGGUUAGGCGUUCGGAGCCCACUGAUGGGAGACAAGGAGGAAGCUGAAUGGUUGUUAGAGAAAUUGCUCCAGCGGUUGGAACAGAGCUUGCACGGCGAAGGCAAGGAGAAAGAAGAGGGUGUGAAGCAAGAGACACAGAACCAUCACCGGCGCAAAAGGUCACACCCUGAGGCGGCAGAAAAAGAAGCAGAUGACGGAACAAGCGAGAAUACUGUGACUGGCACUCGAUCACAGGGUGGUCAGAAAGGCACAUCUGAGGGAGGGGGCCACCAUGACUGA